CCUAGCCUGACCGUUAACCAACGGCGGAACUCUAACUCCUACUUUAUCACUUUAUUAACCCACGGAUCCUCAAAGCAAGUGGUUUUCGGUUUUCUCUGUAUAUCGCUGCUUGAUUUUGAUCAGCCCAAGGCUUUAAUAUCGGUCAAUUCUGUUCAGAUCUUUUUUGAGAUAGAUUGAGAUGGGGAGCUCUGGACAAUUCACAUGGAAGCUGGCGGAUCAUCCAAAGCUUCCCAAGGAGAAGAUUAUUGCAAUGGUAGUUUUGGAUGGUUGGGGUGAGGCUAACCCUGAUGAAUAUAACUGUAUCCACGUUGCUGAGACUCCCACCAUGGACUCCUUCAAAAAGACUGCUCCUGAGAAGUGGAGAUUGAUUAGGGCUCAUGGUACCGCUGUGGGUCUUCCGACUGAAGAUGAUAUGGGCAACAGUGAAGUUGGUCACAAUGCUCUUGGCGCUGGACGCAUUUUUGCUCAAGGUGCAAAGCUUGUUGACCUUGCUCUUGCCUCUGGAAAAAUCUUUGAAGGAGAGGGAUUUAAGUAUAUAAAGGAAUCUUUUGCAACCAAUACUUUACACCUUAUUGGCUUACUAAGUGAUGGAGGAGUUCACUCCAGGCUUGAUCAGUUGCAGUUGUUGCUAAAAGGUGCUGCUGAACGUGGUGCUAAAAGAAUCCGAGUUCAUGUUCUUACUGAUGGACGUGAUGUUAUAGAUGGUACAAGUGUUGGCUUUGUAGAAACUCUUGAUAAAGAUCUAGCAAUUUUACGUGAAAAAGGUGUUGAUGCACAGAUUGCAUCUGGUGGAGGCCGCAUGCAUGUUACAAUGGAUCGUUAUGAGAAUGACUGGAAUGUUGUGAAACGAGGAUGGGAUGCUCAGGUCCUUGGUGAAGCCCCACAUAAGUUUCGAAAUGCUCUUGAAGCUGUCAAGAAACUAAGGGAAGAACCCAAAGCCAAUGACCAGUACUUACCUCCUUUUGUCAUUGUUGAUGAGAACGGCAAGCCAGUGGGCCCAAUUGUGGAUGGUGAUGCUGUUGUCACAUUCAACUUCCGUGCAGAUCGUAUGGUUAUGAUUGCCAAGGCGCUUGAAUAUGAGAAGUUUGACAAAUUUGACAGAGUCAGAUUCCCUAAAAUCCGUUAUGCUGGAAUGCUCGAGUAUGAUGGCGAGUUGAAGCUUCCAAGCCAUUACCUUGUAUCACCACCAGAGAUAGAAAAAACUUCUGGUGAAUAUUUAGUCCAUAAUGGUGUUCGCACAUUCGCUUGCAGUGAGACUGUCAAAUUUGGUCAUGUCACUUUCUUCUGGAAUGGAAAUCGUUCUGGAUGUUUUAACCCAGAAAUGGAGGAAUAUGUUGAAAUUCCCAGUGAUGUUGGAAUCACAUUCAACGUCAAACCAAAGAUGAAGGCACUAGAGAUUGCAGAGAAGGCAAGGGAUGCUAUCCUCAGCCGCAAAUUCCACCAGGUUCGUGUCAACCUACCAAAUGGUGACAUGGUUGGACAUACAGGAGAUAUUGAUGCCACAGUUGUGGCAUGCAAGGCUGCUGAUGAUGCUGUCAAGAUGAUCAUUGAUGCUAUAGAGCAAGUUGGUGGAAUAUAUGUUGUCACUGCAGAUCAUGGCAAUGCUGAGGACAUGGUGAAGAGGGACAAGUCUGGGAAACCAGCUGUUGAUAAGAGUGGCAAAAUUCAGAUACUAACGUCACACACGCUUCAGCCAGUGCCCAUUGCCAUUGGAGGUCCUGGAUUGGCAGCAGGUGUCAGAUUCCGGAAUGAUGUUCCCAGCGGUGGACUUGCUAAUGUGGCUGCAACAGUGAUAAAUCUCCAUGGAUUUGAGGCACCUGGUGACUACGAGCCUACUCUGAUUGAAGUAGUGGAUUGACGUAAAACGUAUAAAUUCACGUUAGUUUUGCUUAAAUAUUGAUCAGAAACUGCACAAUGCAAAAGCCUGGCUACGCUGGGCAUAUUCUCUGGAUAAAUAAGCAAUUUUGAGUUUGCUUGUGGGGUGUUGGCCUCCCUAUUUUGGAUUUUUGUAUGCAUUACUCAUUAAUUAUAUGGAAUUGAAUUAAUAGUGUACUUCAGAUGCACUUUCAGGAA